UUUUAUUUUAUUUUGUUUUUUGUUUUAUUUUUGGUUUUUAGCUUUUGAGUUUGCCUUCAUAGAGAAGGGGGGAGAGAGAAUCGGAGAGUGGCCUUCGGCUGGGGCAUGGAAGGGCUGGCCAUGCUGAGGCAGCUCAUCGGUCAGCUUCAGGAGCUCUUGGAACUCUACGGCUCUAAUCCUCCUCAUCCUCAUCCUCCUCAACCUCUUCAUUUUCUUCAGCCUCUUCAUCCACUGCCUCUCUCCGAACUCCACUCUCAGCAACACCACAGGCUUUGCUUGCUCGAUGUCAAUGAUGGUUCUACUGAUGAUUACUACAGUUUUAUGAUGACAGCUGGAAAGUCUGAAAGUCUCAAGAUGUUGGAACCUUACAAACUUCCACUGGCCAAGAAAUCUCGGAAGGAUCGGACCCGUGGAAAAUCAUCCAUGACUACCAAUACAGUUGAGGUGAUGGAAGAACAGAUUUGGAAAGAUUUUCCAGAGGACCUUUUUGAAGCUGUUAUUGCAAGAAUUCCCAUUGCUACCUUUUUUCGCUUUCGUUCCGUUUGCCAGAAAUGGAAUUCCUUGCUGAACUCUCAAAGUUUCUCUCAGCAUUGUGCCCAAGUCCCACAAGGCAAUCCCUGGUUUUACACCAUUACCCAUGAAAACGUGAAUUCUGGAGCUAUGUAUGACCCUUCCUCGAAGAAAUGGCACCACCCCACCAUUUCUUCUCUACCCAAUAAGAUUAUCAUUUUGCCUGUGGCUUCAGCUGGGGGCCUAGUGUGUUUUCUUGAUAUUGGUCAUAGGAACUUCUACAUAUGCAACCCCCUGACUCAAUCUUUUAAAGAGUUGCCAGCUAGAUCAGUUAAGGUCUGGUCUCGUGUUGCAGUAGGGAUGACUCUGAAUGGGAAUUCAACCACUGGGGGCUAUAAGAUCCUGUGGGUGGGGUGUAAUGGCGAGUUUGAAGUAUAUGACUCAGUGAAGAACUCUUGGAUCCAUCCUGGAAACAUGCCCUCGUAUAUUAAGUUGCCACUAUCCCUGAACUUCCGGUCACAGGCUGUUUCCAUUGAUGGAACACUUUACUUCAUGCGUUCAGAUCCUGAAGGGAUUGUGUCCUAUGAUAUGGUAACUGGGGUUUGGAAGCAGUAUAUAAUUCCUGCCCCACUGCAUCUGACUGACUACACACUCGCAGAGUAUGGAGGCCAGAUCAUGCUAGUGGGAUUGCUUACAAAGAAUGCAGCCACAUGUGUUUGCAUAUGGGAGCUGCAGAAAAUGAUGCUCUUGUGGAAGGAGGUAGACAGAAUGCCAAACAUAUGGUGCUUGGAGUUUUACGGAAAGCACGUUAGGAUGACUUGCUUGGGUAACAAAGGCUUGCUCAUGCUAUCCUUGAGAUCUAGACAAAUGAACCGAUUGGUUACUUAUAACGUAUCAAGCAGAGAAUGGCUGAAGGUUCCUGGAUGUGUUGUGCCACGUGGGAGGAAGCGGCAAUGGAUUGCAUGUGGCACUGCAUUUCACCCUUGCCUGACUGCUACUGCUUAAUUUCAGUUUCUCUGUUUCUGGCAGCAUCGGCGUGUCGGGUGGAUUUUUCAUUUCAGUUCGGGUUUUAGGCAUGAUUGGCUUAGCGAUUACUGGAAAUUGUUUCAGCCAAGCUCCAUUGUAAGUGACUCAGAUGGUACUAUGGGUUCUAUGAUGAUCAGCUUUCCCUUUUUGUGUACAAACAUGACAAUAACUUCGGUUCUAGAGAACAUAGUCCAGACUGCCCAUUUCUCAGUUA